CGCCCGCCGUAGCGCGAUGGGGGUUACCGGCUUCGGGGCCCUGCUGAUGCUGUUGCUGCUGCUGCUGCUGCGGGCGGCUCCCUGCCCCGGGGACAGCGUCUUUCAGCCUUCGUUUAUUCAUAUGUCAGGGUCCAGAGUGAAUUCAUUUUUCCUUGGCAAUUCUUCAGGAGUUAAUUUUUCUAUAAUUUUAAAUCCUAGAGAUGCAGAGACAGGAAAAUUGCAACUUGCAAAUUGCAGUGGAAAUAGGAGAGCUGGAGAUUGGAAGUUGGAUGUAACUCCUGGUGUGAACACUUCCAAGGUGACUGUGAGCCUCAGCAGAACUCUGGAGCUGUGUUUGCCCAAUGCCACCGAGUGCUGCCCCUCACCUCUGUGCAUGCUGGAAACACUCCAGGUUGUAGCUUGCCGUGGUUCAGUGAUGCUGGCACAGCUCCUGAUUCAAGCUGAAAUAUUUGCCAACUCUUCCUUUGCAGGAAAUGUUUCAGAAAAUGCAACUAUCAUCCCAAACCAGGCAUUUAAGCCUUUGGGCUCUUGUCCUUGUGACUUAACAGCUGGAGCUUGUGAUGUUCGUUGUUGCUGUGAUCUGGAGUGUACACCAGACUUGCUACAGUUAUUCAGUGAAUCAUGUUUCACUGGAGUGUUUGGUGGGGAUGUAAACCCACCUUUUGAUCAGCUGUGCUCUUCCCAGUCAAUGGAAUAUACCCCUGAGUGGUUUCCCUUCCUUUGUGUACAGUCUUCUCUUGACAACACACCAUUUCUUGGCUAUUUUUAUCAUGGCUCUACUUCUACACCCAAAGUUCCUUCAUUUAAGAUCCCUCUACAAACUUCUCCUGGGAAACCUUUCACUGGUUACAGAGAAGGAGAUCCAAUUAUAACAGAAGAAGAUGAAUAUUUUACUGUUCCCCAGCAAUCCAUGGCUGGACAGUGUGUUGGGAAUGCUCCCGUGGCGUAUCUCCACAACUUUGAUGUCAAGUGCCUGACCAGUUUGGAGUCUUACAAGGAAGGCCUGCCCCAUGACGUGAGGAUAAACAGUGGCACUGCAGACUUCAUCCAGCAAAAUGUUGUCUAUAGAGCCAUCACUGACAGGAGCAAAUUCAUCACUGAAAGUGAGAACCUUCUUGCUGCUGAGGUUCUGUGUCAAAAUGUAACUUUUGCAGAACAUUAUAAAUUCACUUGGAAAGACGGGAACAUUGAGCAAAUAAAUGUCACUGUCUUCCUUGGAAGCUUAUGUGAUGGAGAAAUCCUGACACAGAGAUUCACAGUCGAAUUUCUAAGUUUAAACAGUACCGAUGGAGAGGAUCUGUUUGAGAAUCCAGGGUAUCAAGUUGGAAAACCAGUGAAAGCUGCAAAUCUGAAUGCUUCUGAUCCUCUUGGAAGCCUAAACAUUUGGCAGCCAGCUGGCAGAGGUUUAUGUGCAUCAGCAACUUACAGACCAGUUCUAUUUGGAGUAGAUUCGUACUCUGGGUGCAUUCUAGAAGUUGAUAUUAAUGAAGAUUGCAGCCUUUUAAGAGGAAAUGUGACUGAGAAAUUGAAUGCAUUAAUACGAGCUACUCACAUUGGAAAGAGAGACAAUUCCAGUUACAGUGAUGUAAAUGACUGGGUGGAAAUUAUACGUCUUGAUCCAUUCAGUUCUAAUGUGAGCACUGGAGGCUUGAGAGGCAUUUGUCCAGAUAUUCCUGCAAACCUGAAUAUUCGCAUCAUCUUUGCUAAAGUGGGAGCAGUGCAAGGGAUUCCCCAGCAGCAGAUUCUUGCUGUGCAGAUCAGUUACUCAACAGUCUUAUGGCAGUUCCAGUGUGGGAUUGGCUGCAAAAACACCCUCAGCAUUCUCCCCAUUACAGCUUCUGUUCAGUUCAUUGAAGUCCCAGCUCAGCCCCCUCCUCCAGUGACAAGGUAUCGCAGGAUUUAUGCAGAGUUUGACUGCAAUAAAAAUGAGGUGUGCUGGCCACAACUCCUUUAUCCACUGACACGCUUUUACACAGGAGAGCCAUAUUCCCAGUGUCUUGCUAAAGGCCUGUUUCUGGCAUUUCUUGUUUUACUUGCAGCAAUUACGAGCAACCCUUGGUUUUCUAAAUUAUGGAACAGAUAGGUAAAAAUUAUGGAGAAACCUUAUUGGAUUUUGUAGACAAUUUAUGUGAACAUUUAAGGAUACAUAAAAUCAGUACUUCUACAGCAUACAGAAAAUGGCUGUCACUUAAAAAGCAAUAAAUUAUUUUUAAGCUCUGGACUCUGUGUUUGGAGUAGCAAAGUGCAGAGUUGACUUCAAGAAGGUGGCAAGUCCAGCCCAGAGGCUGCAGCAGGAUUGGGAUUGUCCUCAUGGAUGGACCAUUGCCCUCUCAAGCCAGUUCUCUUCUUCUAGAGUAGAAGCUCCUCUUGACAAUAAACCCCUUGUGCCCACCAAUUUUUGGAGCAGUGGGCAGACUUCUCACACUUCUCAGAAGUUGUAGCCCUUCAUAUGUUUUCAUGUGUUGAUCUGAAAUUCUUUUUUCCAGUUUGUGCUUUGCAUGUGUCUGUGUGCAGAAAACUACUCAUUGUCCUUAGCUGAUGAAAUGCAGCAUUUGGGAUUUUCUUGUGGUUCAGAUGGGCCAAAAGCUGAGGAGAGAACUGGAGCAGUUCAGCUGUGAAGACAGGCAACAGCUGGAGAUGUUCAGCCUGGACAAAAGGUUGUGUGGAGACCUCAUAGCAUCCUUCCAGUAUCUGGAGGGGCCUACAGGGCAGUGGAAAGGGACUCUUCAUCAAGAACUGUAGAACAGGACAAGGAGUAAUGAGUACCAAUUGAAAGAAGGGAAAUUGAGGUUAGAUAUAAGGAAAACAUUUUUUACUGUGGGGGUGGUGAUACACUGGAACAAGUUUCCCAGUGAGGUUGUGGAUGCCCCAGGCCUGGCAGUGUUCAAACUGGAGCAACCACGGCAGGAAGGGCUGGGACUGGGUGUUACUAAGAUCCAUUCCAAGC